GGUUCCACCUGUUUUCAGUCAAGCUUUUAGGAAGCGAGAUCUAUGAUUGGCUGCUAUACAUUCAGUUAAAUGCAUUGCAGGCUUCACACUGCUGUGGAACGUAGAAAGAUAGAUAGAAACUGGUUGUGUUACGUUAAGUCUCAUAGAUUUUCCACUUUGUGCUUUUGUUUUUGAUUGAAGCCAUGGGACAUAUCCACUGUGUGAUGCUACUAUGGCUGCUAUUCACUGGAGGGCUUCGUGCAAGCAUUAAAUCUUCCCAUUAUAGACUUGGAUCUGGCAGUUGGGACAGGAAAGAUGAGCCCCAGGUUCUGGCCUACCAACCCAUGUCACAGCAUCAAGCUCCAGCUUUCCAGCACCAGGUUGAUAUUCACCCAUCCAAUUAUCACCAGAUGCAUUUUCUCAAUUCAAAGACCCAAGCAUCUCAGAACCAGUCCAAGUAUAAAGUUUACCCUCAGAUCCACAGCAACCAGCCCAAACCUCAGCUCCCUCCACUCAGCAAUAAGCAGAAUCUUGAGCCAACCACACCCAACUACCAGCAGAGGCCUGAAUCCCAGGCAUCCAGCCACCACCUCAAGUCUCAGCCCCAGGGAUCUCGCCACCAGCAGAGUUUUCAGCCCCGUGGUUCUAGCAACCAGCGGAGGCCUCAGCGAAAGGCGCCCAGCUAUGAACAAAAUCCUCAGCUCCGGAGGUCUGGCUAUCAGGAGAAUCAACAGACCCAGAGGCAUCAUCCCCAGAGAUCUGUCUACCAGCACAAUCCGCAGGUCCAGAGGUCUUCUCCCCAAGGGUCCACCUACCAGCAGAAUCUACAGGCCCAGAGGCCCCCUCCCCAAGGGUCCACCUAUCAGCAGAAUCUACAGGCCCAGAGGCCCCCUCCCCAAGGGUCCACCUAUCAGCAGAAUCUACAGGCCCAGAGGCCUCCUCCCCAAGGGUCCACCUAUCAGCAGAAUCCACAGGUCCAGAGGCCCCCUCCCCAAGGGUCCACCUAUCAGCAGAAUCCACAGGUCCAGAGGCCCCCUCCCCAAGGGUCCACCUACCAGCAGAAUCUACAGGUCCAGAGGCCCACUCCCCAGGGGACCAGCUACCAGCAGAAUUCACAGGCCCAGAGGCCCCCUCCCCAGGGGACCAGCUACCAGCAGAAUCCACAGGCUCAGAAGCCCCCUCCCCAGGGGUCCACCUACCAGCAGAAUCCACAGGUCAAGAGGCCCACUCCCCAGGGGACCAGCUACCAGCAGAAUCCACAGGCCCAGAGGCCCCCUCCCCAAGGGUCCAGCUACCAGCGGAAUCCACAGGCCCAGAGGUCUCCUCCCCAGGGGCCAGGCUACCUGCCAAAUCCGCAGCCUCUAUCUCCAAAUACUCCAGAAAAGCGUCAGCCUCUGAGACACUGGCAACAAGAGAAGCCUCAGACCCAUGUGCCUCACAACCAACCAAGACUGCUGCUGCAGGGCCCCAGUUAUAAAGAGGCACCAGGCUACCAGGACAAAUCUCAGACCCAGGGGUCAAGCCCCAGUCCUCUGUCCCAAAGACCUGAACCCUGGGAACCUGACUACCAGCAGGGGCCUCUGCCCCAGGUACCCAGCAAACAGAAGCCACAGACUGACCUGCAAAGUUACCAGCAGGAGCCCCAGGCGCAGGCUCCCGGCUACCAGCAGAAGCCCCAGGCGCCGGCUCCUGGCUACCAGCAGAAACCCCAGGCGCCGGCUCCCGGCUACCAGCAGAAGCCCCAGGCGCAGGCUCCCGGCUACCAGCAGAAACCCCAGGCGCCGGCUCCCGGCUACCAGCAGAAGCCCCAGGCGCAGGCUCCCGGCUACCAGCAGAAGCCCCAGGCGCAGGCUCCCGGCUACCAGCAGCCCCGUCAACCACCAUUUCAGCAUAAUCCUCAACUUGGGGCUCACAGCUACCUCUCCAAUGAUGAGUUUGACUCAGGUUCUGCUGCCAAGACUAAAAGGGGAUUUCCAGAAUUUAACAAAAGAGAUCUUGACCAUUUGCAGCCGUGGAGGUAAAGGAUUUACUAAAUGAAGAACAGAAGAAAAGACUGAUGGAAGAAGUCUUAUUUUAUUUAUUUUGACAGUUUUUCCCUUUUGGCUUCCAUUUAAAAAAUUAAAGACCAGUAAAAAAAAAAUACGACUAUUGUCACUUCAUAUACCUUUUAAAGAGAAUUUCAGUUGUGCCUGACAUUAAAUCUAGCUUGAAGUAUACUGGUAAGUCAUGGAUGUUGUGCUUUCUGAGCAAAAUAUGGCCAUAUUUGCACCUUUCAAACAAAUUAGAUCAAUUCUCUAAAUGCACUGUAAGCUGCCUGUUGGCUGCAUGGCAUUACAUACAUUUGCACAUAAAGUAUUUUGGGGAAACACCUGGGGCAGGUAACACCGGAGUGUAAAGUUAGCCUUGGGUUUAUUGUGCAGCCUUUUCAUUAUUGAUUGUAUGUGGUUGCUGUUUGGUGGACUUAUGUUAUGAUUAAACAUGGUCCAACCCAAAUGCCAACAGGCAUACUAAACACUCGGGUCACCAUGA